AUACCUUGCUGCAUACGUGUGCACAUACAUUUAGAAGGCAGCAAGUAACCCACAGUGCUUUACGUGUCAAUGGCUACUGAGUUCUUGUUCACAAAGUUCCAUUAGGUACAUUGACGUCUGUUAACCCUUUCAAGUGUUUUGGCGACAGGGACGAGUGGACGUGAUGAGAAUAGGAAAUUGUCAGAUUAACAGCACCAUCUGUUAUUGCUAGACAUAGUUGAACCCUGUUCUUCAGGGCACCGCUUGAAAAAUGCGUGUUUACACAGACUUCUGCAUUUAUUUUCUCUCACAGGACCCUCGGUUGUAAUGUUUUUUUUUGGAAUCAGGAUCCCGAAAGCGAUUCUAUGUAUAUAGGUUUCCAAUCGAAACCUUAUUCUACACACUUGCUGCUAGAACUCACCAUCACCAAAAGGUUUGUUGAUAGAAAGGAAAUGAAACCGCAAAUGUUUUUGUAAAUACACAAACACAUCAAGGCCACUGCAACGACAGAUGAGCUGAGCUGAUAGGGACUAAUUCUACUGGUGUAUGUCAUUAUUCCCACGAGGAUUACUAUGGGUAGAAAAGUCUGUCAAACUCCCCAGUUUUUCCGGGUUCAAAUAUAAACUUUCUAUAAGCAAAGUGCACUCACAUGACACAUGCAUGUAGUUCAGGUCAUGCGUGGUUUUUUUAUUUAGUUUGCUGAUGGAUUCAGGAAGGCAAGGUUGCCAAAGGCCAGCAAUAAACCUGAGCUGUUCCAUAAUCCACGUAUUUUAAACCUUAUAAAGCUACACAGCCAUCGAAUGCUUGUAUGUUUAUUCUCAAUUUUUACGGAUCUAUACCAAUUAAACUGAUUUAUCAACGUUAGUUAAACGUGUAGCCAUGGUGCCUAGGGAUCAUCUGCGCUUGUCAGUGGUCCUCCUUGUCGUCUUCAUUUUGCACGAAGGACUAUCUCUUGAUUUGCGAGGCAGUGCAGUCGUAACGACGCAAAGCUCUGUCUAUGAUGCUAACCCCCUGUACGCCAGGUUUGCCGUGGACCGAGACCUUGGUACAUUCUCCCACACGGGUUUCGACACUCCAGAGGAACGCACGAACCCUUGGUGGAAAGUGGACCUCGGUUAUGUCUAUUGCUUGAGGAAAAUCACUCUUGUUAAUGUAAAAGAUCUUGGCAAGUACUUAGGAGUUUCAGGGCAUAUAAAUCUGAGUAGAUAACUUUGCUGGGUUAAUGUAGCCGUGAGUUGACACAAUGAACGUCAGGUAAAACAAUAUAUUUGAUUUGACGUUAGUCUACCGAAUUGAUGCUGUUUUAUGUUUACGUUAACAGUAUAAUAGUGAUUGAAGGUUCUGAACCCAAGUUCAAGUCUUAUGUAAUAUCUACGAGUAAACGAAAUGAAAGGAUAAAUAUUGUGCCAAAAGUACAUAAAGGAUAUACUGCAUGCGUCACGUAUACGUCAUAAGCAAUAUCGAAUCUUAGAAUUACUCUGGAAUUAUUUUGCUCAACCCAGAAAGCAGCAAUAUACAUUAAACUUAAAAAUUCCUUGAUCAAUCAAAUAUUCUUUCGUUUUAAAAUUUUCCUACAAUGUCGUACACGUGUUGUCUUUCGCUGUGCACUAUGUCUCAUUCA